AUGCCAUUUAUUCAUCGUACAGUACAAAAUCCGGUUGUUCGUCGUUUGAUAGAACGGUGUCGUACAAUCGAUAUUCGCCAAUCGUUGGCGACACUAUGUCUCUUUCUAAUUCUCUCAUUUUUCACUUCUGGUAUCAUUAAUGUGCUGUUACACGUUUUAUAUAAAAAAAACUCUCCAUCAUCAAUAUCAUCAUCAUCACUUAGUCUAUUUCGAACCAGUCAUAUUUUCUUUCCAUCCGAUUCAACAUCUUUACAAUGUUCUUCGCCACAAAACAGUGAAUUACAAACACAUAGUUCGCAUGAAAAAUCUUUGAAUACAGAACGAAAAUAUACCAAAGAUCAAUCAAAACAUAGCAAUAUCUCUAGUGAUCUUCGACAAGAAGCUGAAACUUCGCUUCAUCUAGCACUUCGUUUAAUAGCUGAAAAUAAAUUUGAAAAAGCACGAAAAGUUUUCGAACAUGGAUUAACACUUGAUCCAUAUAAUUCGGAAAUUCUUGUUGAAUAUGGACAAUUUCUUGAACAUCAUCAUCAUGAUUUAAUACGUGCAGAAAAUUUAUACACACGUGCUCUAGUUAAACAACCAACAAAUCCUCGAGCGUUGGAAUUAAAAAGACGUGCAUCGCCGUUGGUCGAAGAAAUUGAUCAAAAAUAUUUUAUUCUUAUUGAUAAUCUUCUUCAAGAACUCUAUCGAAUACCUGAUACAAAUCCUCAUUUACGACGUGCCAAACGUGAUGCAUAUUAUUUACAUAUCUAUCAUUCUAAUGCUAUCGAAGGUAACACACUUAAUCUUCGUGAAACACGACAUAUUGUCGAAACACGUAUGGCUAUCGGAGGAAAAUCUCUUAUUGAACAACAAGAAGUGCUUGGUCUUGAUUUAGCGUUACAGUAUGUUAAUUCGACAUUAGUAAAUCGUCUUGGUUCAAUAACACAACAAGAUAUAUUUGAUAUUCAUCGUCGAGUUUUAGGUUUUGUCGAUCCUGUUGAAGCUGGUCAUUUACGUAAACAUCAAGUUUAUGUUGGAUCAUUUGUUCCACCUUCAGCCGUCGAAGUACAAAAUUAUCUCGAUGACUUUCUUGUUUGGCUUAAUUCAUUGGAAGAUACACGAGAUCUUCAUGCGAUUGAAUUAGCUGCAAUAGCACAUUAUAAAUUUGUUUAUAUUCAUCCAUUUAUUGAUGGAAACGGUCGAACAGGACGCUUACUAAUGAAUUUAAUUUUAAUGAGAUCUGGUUUUCCUCCAGUUAUUAUCAAAAAGUCAGAUCGUUUAGCUUACUAUUCAUAUUUGGAUCAAGCCAACGAUGGAGAUAUACGACCGUUAAUACGUUUCAUUGCUAAAUGUACUGAGCGAACAUUAACAGAAUUUAUUCAUCAAUCACAACCAACGAGAAGUACUGGACAAGAAUUAACACUAGCUGAUGAUGAUGAUGAUGAUGAUAUGGGAGAUGAGACGAGUGACAGAAGGAAUCGAUUUGACGAACGAAUUAUUAUGGUAUAA